UGCGUCUGGAGAACAGAAGGGAUGGUGGGAACAAGGAAAUUCUGAAACAGUACCAUGAGGAGGGUUCAGGGAUUAAGCCGUCCUCUUCUCAAUGCUCGUCUUCUCCGAUCAGCAUCACCGCCUAUACCAUCGCCAGCACCCUCAUCGUCGUCGUUGCUUCGACCACCACCAUCAUCAUGGUUGUCUCGUCUGGGAGCCAAUUCCCGGGAGUUCCUCCUUCCUGCGAAUGGGGUCCUCUCGUCUUCCUUCGCCACCGCCGGAGCAGCCGCAAUGGCGAGGGAAGCGAUACCUAGUUUCUCCAUGAAGGAGCUCGUGUUGUAUCAGUACGCCGCUUGCCCGUUCUGUAACAAGGUCAGAGCUUUUCUGGACUACAAUAAGUUGCCUUAUAAAGUAGUCGAGGUGAACCCCAUAAGCAAGAAGGAGAUCAAGUGGUCAGAAUAUAAGAAGGUGCCUGUCGUGGUUCUUGACGGAAAGCAACUCAACGACUCAUUUCAGAUAAUAGAGACCCUUCAGCAACGUAUUAAUCCGACAGAAGAGAACUCAACUGGUUCUGCUGUGGUGGAAGAAAAAGAAUGGUGCAGGUGGGUUGAUAACCACUUAGUCCAUGUACUGGCCCCAAACAUCUAUAGGAGUCCAUCAGAGGCAUUGGAAUCAUUUGAUUACAUAACUACUCUUGGUAAUUUUACUACACUUGAGAGAUGGACUGCAAAGUAUGCUGGGGCUGCAGCCAUGUAUCUUGUCUCAAAGAAGCUGAAAAAGAAGCACAACAUUACCGACGAACGUGCUGCUCUAUAUGCUGCUGCAAAUACUUGGAUCAGAGCCUUAAAUGACAGACAAUUUAUGGGUAGGAAUAAGCCAAACUUGGCAGAUUUGUCAGUUUUUGGAGUGUUGAGGCCCAUAUGGAAGCUGCAAUCUGGGAUGGAUCUGGCGAAGAACACAGGGAUUGGGGCAUGGUACAAGCGAAUGGAAACAGAAGUUGGUGAAAGCUCUGAAGUUAAAGACUAAUUUUCUGAGUGUACCGCUCCGCCUUGAUUUCUCCUGGCAAAUUCCGGCCAUGAUUUUGACACCUUAGUUCGUCAUCGCCUAGGUUGUUAAUGUGCCAAACCUUGGUGUCUUCUCUAAUCUUGUUGUCCUCUCUGGAAUUUGUAUCAACUUUGGAAAUUUUGGUUGCCACUGCUUCUUGUUUUACCUAGCUGUUGCAGUUGGGGUUGGACGGGAUUUCAGGAUUUAUAAGUACCCGAAGUUGUAGUGGAGAUGGUAGAUAGAAAAGAAUCCGGAUGUUAUAUUCUUCACCUUCUCGAGAGAACCUAGGAUCUACUAUUCCAGGUAUCUGAUAUCUGUUUUAUGUUCUACUCUUAUCUUGGUAUUUGUAUAAGGAUUCACUUACAAAGUUUUUAUAAAGGCAAUCGGCUACAUAUUUUUGCA